AUGGGGUGUACUCAGUCGGCCGAAGAGCGCGCCGCUGCGGCCCGGAGCAAACAGAUCGAGAGAAACUUGAAGGAAGAUGGCAUCCAAGCCUCCAAAGAUAUCAAACUAUUGCUGCUGGGUGCUGGCGAGUCUGGGAAGAGUACUAUAGUUAAACAAAUGAAAAUUAUCCACGAGAGUGGCUUUACAAAUGAAGAUUUCAAGCAGUACCGGCCCGUCGUGUACAGCAACACGAUUCAGUCUCUCGUGGCCAUCUUACGCGCCAUGCCGAACCUCGGCAUCACCUACGGGAAUAAGGAUCGUGAGAGCGACGGUAAGAUGGUGUUCGACGUGAUCCAGCGAAUGGAAGACACUGAGCCGUUCAGUGAAGAACUGCUAGCAGCUAUGAAGAGGCUGUGGGCUGACGCUGGGGUGCAGGAGUGCUUCGGACGCUCCAACGAGUACCAGCUAAACGACUCGGCUAAAUAG